AUGGCACUCAAUUUUUCGUUGUAUGGCUUGAUUCCGUUACCAAACGACUUGUGCGUUAAAACCUGCAACGCCAACUCGUCGGAGAUCGCAUAUUUAUCGUCCAAGAAUUGUUUUAUUGGCCGCAAAUUGUCGGCAUUUUCGCCGUAUUUGUGUGCUGUGAACGUGGUAAAAACUUCGUCGGGGUCACGCUUCAAACCGCUUACUCGUGGUCCCUUAUGCAAGUACAAGUGCCUGGCAGGGCAGGAAGCUCGAAAAAUCGGCGAAAUCACCCGCCAUUUUCCCCCUACAAAUCGUAUACUCAUGGUCUCACAGCGGUCGUCUGCACAAAACUCACAAAUUUUCAACUGUCACUGGGUGUGCGCGCGCCUGCAGGCAAGUGCGAUCGAUGCUCAUCGCUGCUUACAACUAUCACUAGAUAUGGACAUCUUUCGAAUCCUCUCGAGAGGUGCUGCUUUGAAACGGAGCUCAAAUUCGGACCCUGGUGUGAAGUCAGAAUCACAAAAUGCCACCAAAGAUAAGCAAAAUUCGUUGCUUCGACAAGUGGAGAAAGAAACAGAUUUCUUCAACACAAGGAAACAUACAGAAGUCACCAAAGAUAUUGAAGACGAAGCUCAGGACGAAGCGGUUCCGCCUCCAAAGAUAACGACAGAGGAAGACGCAGCCAAGCUUAGAAAACAGAACAAAGUAAACGUUUCUGGGACAGAUAUUCCACUUCCUAUUGGCUCUUUUGAAGACUUGAUUGCAAGAUGUAAUUUGAACCGAAAAUUAUUGGCCAACUUGAUAGCUUCUGGUUACUCUGAGCCCACAGCCAUUCAAUGCGAGGCGAUUCCAGCCUCAGCAGAGGGCCGAGACCUCAUAGCUUGUGCGCCCACUGGUUCUGGUAAGACAUUGGCUUAUCUCAUACCCAUGGCUCAAGCGCUUAUAAGUUCACCAAAAACCAAGAACUAUGGCAUAAGGGGAGUUGUAAUUGCUCCCACAAACGAACUAGCAAUCCAGAUCUACCAAACUUUAGCACCAAUGUGUCGUGGUUCCAAUCUAAAUGUGACUCUCUUGUCCAAACAGGUUGCUAGCAAAAUCAGCAGUUCCAUUAUUUCCGCUAACAAGUUUGACGUCUUAAUAUGUACACCCUUGCGGUUGAUUGACUUGGUCAAAAAGGAACAGGUUGACUUAUCCAAAGUUGAACAUUUGGUGAUUGACGAAGCAGACAAGCUUUUCGACCAUGGCUUUGUGGAACAGACAGACGAAAUCUUGUCACAUUGUACACUUCCUACUCGGAGAACGUCAAUGUUCUCGGCAACCAUACCCUCUGGAGUCGAAGAAAUGGCCAAUUCUAUUAUGAAAGAUCAGAUAAGAAUCAUCGUGGGACACAAAGAAGGUGCAAGUACCUCCAUUGACCAAAAGCUAGUUUUUACCGGUAACGAAGAAGGAAAACUUUUGGCAAUCAGGCAGAUGGUACAACAGGGUGAGUUCAAGCCUCCAAUCAUCAUUUUCUUACAGAGUAUUCCCCGAGCCAAAGCAUUAUUUCAUGAGCUCAUUUACGACAAACUUAAUGUGGAAGUUAUUCAUGCCGAAAGAACGCCCAAACAGAGAGAAGAAGCCAUCAGAAGAUUCAAGAAUGGGGAUGCGUGGGUGCUCAUUACCACGGAUGUUUUAGCGAGAGGUGUGGAUUUUAAAGGUGUGAAUCUUGUGAUAAAUUACGAUGUUCCCCAGACUUCUCAAGCCUAUGUUCAUCGAAUUGGUAGAACUGGUCGUGGAGGCAAAGAAGGCAAGGCAGUGACCUUCUUUACCAAAGAGGAUAAGUUGGCAAUUAAGCCAGUUUUGAACGUUAUGAAGCAAAGUGGGUGUCAUGAAGGCUAUAGCGAGUGGAUGGAGAGUAUGGAGAAACUCACGAAAAAGGAGAAACAGCAAAUCAAACAGCAUGAAAUCAAGAGAAAGAAGAUUUCCACGGUGCCUCAAGUGGUUUCUAAAAAGAGGAAGCAGAGAAAGGAGAUGAUCGAGGCAUCGAAAAGGAGAAAGGAAGAGACAAAGUAG